AUAUAGAAGCUAGCACUGCAUGUGUGUGUUUAUGUGUAUGUGUUUCUCCUAUGCUGACUCAUGGCAUUGAAGCCUCUCUGGAAACACCCCCACCCUUCUGGCCAGCCAGUCUACACACACCCCUUUGGCUCCUCCUCAUUUCAAAUGUUAGGUCAAGAGGAAGACGGAAAACGAAUUCAAGAGCUGCUCUUAAGCAUCUAGAAUUUUCUGCGUCCCACCUCUGGAGAGAAGAGACUGCCCCCAGGUCUGACUCAGCCCACUAGACGCUAAACUCUCCUCUUAAAACACCAAUACUACUUGAGCCUUCAAAUAACAUUGGAGGAAGAGUCUACAAGUAUUGCAGACUCUGUAGGAGGCAGGGGCUAACAACUGGCAAUAAAGACAGAAAGAUGUCAGGCCUGAGAUCCGACAUUCAAGUGGACCCUGAAAUUGAGCUUUUUGUGAAGGCUGGAAGUGAUGGAGAGAGUAUUGGAAACUGUCCCUUUUGCCAACGUCUUUUCAUGAUCCUCUGGCUUAAAGGAGUGAAAUUCAAUGUGACUACUGUUGACAUGACCAGAAAGCCUGAAGAGCUGAAGGACUUGGCACCAGGUACCAAUCCUCCCUUCCUGGUGUAUAAUAAGGAAUUGAAAACAGACUUCAUUAAAAUUGAGGAGUUUCUAGAGCAGACCCUGGCUCCUCCAAGGUAUCCUCACCUAAGUCCCAAGUACAAGGAAUCUUUUGACGUGGGAUGCAAUCUCUUUGCCAAGUUUUCUGCAUAUAUUAAGAAUACACAAAAGGAGGCAAAUAAGACUUUUGAAAAAUCCCUGCUCAGAGAAUUUAAGCGUCUGGAUGACUACUUAAACACUCCACUUAUGGAUGAAAUUGAUCCAGACAGUGCUGAGGAACUCAUAGUUUCCAGAAGAUUGUUCUUGGAUGGGGAUCAGCUGACACUGGCUGACUGUAGCUUGUUACCCAAACUGAACAUUAUUAAAGUUGCUGCCAAGAAAUACCGUGACUUUGACAUUCCAGCAGAAUUCUCAGGAGUCUGGCGCUAUCUCCACAAUGCUUAUGGCCGUGAAGAAUUUACCCACACGUGUCCUGAAGACAAAGAAAUUGAAAAUACUUAUGCAAGUGUGGCUAAACAGAACAGUUAGAACAGCUCUUACAGAAGAAAAAACUCUCUUUGUUAUCAGAUUUUACCUGUAGCCAUAUUAAGUUUUCUGGAAAUAAGAAUAUGAAAAAUACUGUUUUUUCUAUACAACUAUCUUAAGAAAAGGAACUCUAUAUUUUCUGUUAGGCAUAAACAGUCUGUUCGCUGUAUAUUUUACAGGUCUUCGUGUUUUCACUUAAUUUUCUUUAUUCCUAUGGCAAACCACUGCAAUCUUGAAUGACAUGGAAAGCAUCAAAAUCCUUUAUCCUUUUCUUAAAUUCCUAGAAUGCAUAAUAUAUAAGUUAAACAGAUGACUGAACUUAUAAAUGACAUAAGUAAAAGCACAAUUUCAAUCUGCUCCUUUAGAAACAUUUUCGCAUAAAUAAAAAAUAAUUUCACAUUUUUGUUUAAUAUAUACAUAAAUUUCUGAUAUGAACAAUAAAAUCAGAGAAUGAGCAUAUCAAGGAGACAAAUUUUAAAAGAAUGACUUUAAAAAUCAGUUCUAGGAAUAGAUCAAGACAAUUUGGUCUUAGAACAACACUUGACACCUAGAAAUACUACUACCUCAUAGUCAGAGAUGAGAAUAUGGCCUUUGUGACCAGAUUACUGUUAAAUGAGGAAGGAAUCAUUAAAUAAAACAUAAUUUUAAAAAACAUAAUCAGAAGCAAAGUCAAGUGGAUCUUUUAUUCAUAGAAAUAAGAAGGAAAGUAAGACAUUUGGCUGA